AUGAGCCGUGGGGUCUCACAAUCAUGGGAUCAGAUACCUACACUCGUAUUGGGUAACAUAUAUGAAUAUCUCCAGCAGCGAGAUCGAUUGAACGCUUCGCAAACUUGUCGUCACUGGCGUGGGGUGCUUUUCCAAAAAAGAUUUUUCAACAAUUUUAAGUUCAAAUUGCACAUUAACAAUGAACGGCAGUGUAUAUUUUUUCGCCAAACAAUAUGUAAUCUGGCAAAAGAAGUUACCAUUAAAUUUGACUAUCUGAAUAUUUACCACAUAGUGAAAGUAAAAGGGAUCCUAUAUAAAAUUGCACGAUGUGAAAAUUUGCAAGGUUUGCAUUUUUCAACAAAUGCAGUCAACUUAACACCAACUGGCGAUAAAACGCCAGAAAGUCGUGCCAGCAUUGAAGAAUGCUUCAUAGAUCCUUUGCAAAAGUUUUUAAACCGUAAAAGAUUUCCAUGCCAAAUAUUGAAUUUGGGCUCAAUUGAAUCUCUUGGCAGCUACGCUGUAGAAAUGCUUAAAGCUUUAGGUAACCCUGAGGCCUUGGAACAACUAAUGUUGGCCUCAAUAAAGUUCAACUCUAAAGAAUAUGAAGUGCUUUACAUAGAGCCAGCUUUGUUGCAAAGAUGUUCUUCAUUGCAGAUUUUAUCAUUGGAUUACGAUAGUGUAAACGAGGAUCUUUUAAAAGCGCUGGAAAGAGUGCCGUUGAAAAAGUUUUUAAUCUGUAUACAUAGCUUGCAUCGUCAACAUCCUGGUAUUUCCGAUACAUCUUGGGCUAGUUUCGGUGCUAUAUUUCCCAAUAUAGAUUUGAUUGUAACAGUACUGUAUUCUCUUGAAGUAGCAGAAGUUCUACAUGUACGCAUACUCCGUCACCAUAUGCCAAUUACACAUUUGCGAAUGCUAUUUUGUGAAUAUAUGAAUCUUGAGGCCUUAGAUUGGAUGUCUGUAAAUAAUAGCAACACCCUAAAGAGUAUUCAGUGGUUAGAUUCUGCUUUUAAGGAUGCCGAUAACAAUUUUAUGGACAUCUUUUUGCGCUCCGGUCAAGAUCCGCUUGUAAUGAUGGCUUGGCGUUGUAAAAAUUUAGAGGAAAUCGUAAUACAUGGCUAUGUAUUGGAUCCACAUAAUAUUGUUGGCAUUUCACGUCUACGCGGCCAAACACUUAAACGCCUUGAAAUAUCUAUGAUCGAUAGAACUCCAACCGAAGCCAGUAUGGAAUCAUUUAUUGAGGAAAUCAAUACUUUACUUGGCCAAAAAUGGGCGCCACUCAAUCCAAAUAACUUACAUCCUGCGCUUGGCUAUUUGCAAGUGUCAGAAGACAUUCGUGAUGACUAUGUUUUCGAUCUCAUACGCCGUGAUUUGGGCUACUAGAAAUUAAUUGCAACAACUCACCACAGUUUUUAUGCGAACUUAGGUUAACUGUAGGUUAAAACUAACAAUAAAAGUAUGUAAGUAAAUACAUAGACAACAAACAGCACAAUAUAUGGGUAAAUUUGAAAAUAACUUAGCAAUGUGGCUAUACAAAAACAACAAACAACAGAAACAACCAAAGUUGAACGAGAAGUUAAAUGACAAACGCAUUGCAGUGAUAUUUUUCAUCAAUAACUUUUAAACUACUUAUAAGAGUUGUGAGCAAAUGACAAAAGUACAGUAAAUUCAACAAACCAUCUGUUAAAAAGCCCAUUUAUGAAGAUAAGAUUUAACAUAAACAAAGAAAAAAUCGUAAAAUGGAGAAGCAUCCAAACUCAAUUACCUACAUAUUCAUAAAUAAAUGUAUAUAUUUAGGCGAUAUUAGUUUAAGAAAAAACAAUAACAACUACUCUUGUGAUAAGAAGGGGAAAGAAUUUAUUUGUAUGUAAAAGACGCUAAAAUUCACACAAGUGCAACGUGAAACAUACAAAGGUUAUUAAUCAAAUGCAAUCACAAAUCGCUCCCGAAUGUAUUGUAUUUCACCAAAGAAUUAACUUGAGGUGAAAACUAAGAGAGAGAAAAUGUUACCAAAAAUUGUUUUCUCAUCGAACAAUAAGAUAUGCAGUAAUGCCACUGGGAAAA